CCCAGUAGGCUCAUUAGGACGGACAUGGCCGAUACUUUGAGGAGACUGACCCACACAUCCCCUUUCAGCGUCCUGCAGGACAAACUUGAGAGCUGGCACAGAGACUACCAUGUUAUUUCCUGUGACAACAAUCUAAAUAGAUGCUGUGAACUGAUUGAACUAACCGCAAAGGUCCAAGGUCAACUGUUUGCCAUCCUUAACCACACAGCUGCUGAAGGUGGACACUAUGCUGGAGUGGACACUCUCAAAACUCGCCUGCUGCCGUGGCUUGGAACCUGUUUCUCCAUGGCCAGGCCCGUGGUCUCUGAUGACACCAGUCUGCAGCUCAUCCAGGAUUCAGUUGAAAAGGACCGAAGGAUCAGGGAGCUCUCUGCCUCCCUUGACAGUGACAUACAGAGGAAGGACACCGAGCUGUGCUCCACUCGCCUGCAGUUGGACUCCAUGAGAGCAGAAUUGGUCGAUACUCAGCAGGAACUGGAUGUCACAAAGAGAGAGUCAGCAACUACUCUGCUGGCAACUGAAGAAGAAAUAUUGCAACUGAAAGCAGAUUUGAGAUCUGCACAUGAGCAAGUGGAGAGUUAUCAAAGGAAGAUGGCGGCCUUCAUUGAUUAUGAGCGGCAGAUUCGCCUGCUCAAAGAUGAAGUGUCUUACCUGAGCACAGACAAGACCGUGCUGCAGGAGAGGUUGGUGAGGAGUCGUUCUCCGAGCCCCUUGCCGAGGCUCAGUCGCUCUUCCAGCCCGAUGAGGAGCGAGUCGCCCACCAGAGCACAGCUCACCAACUCCUCCCGCUACGCACGCCUCAUAUCACGCUUCAAUGACCUGUACGCGGUGGAGCGGCUGGAGGCCCAGGUCAUUCUUCGACGCCACAUUGAUGACGUGGAGAUGGUCCAGAAAAUCAUCUUCAUUGCCGUCGUGGAAUCCUUUAAGACAGCAAAACUGGCUUACCGUCAGUUCAAGCUGCGAGUGAGAAAGACGUUGUCCCCGCACUUUGGGUUAGAAAACCUGGAGGAUGCAGCAGUGGACUACAUCGUCAGAAACCUGGACCUCUACGACAUUCAGGCCAGCAUCAAUGAUGUGAUCAAUGCCAUGAAUGUGAACCCUCGGAUCUCUUUUCCGCCAGAGGUGGACUUUUUCCUCAUCAGUACCUUGAUCAGGGAGAUGUGCAGGGUGGCGUUUGCCAUGCAGACACUGGACCCCCCGCUUGACUUUUCCUUUGCCAGCGAUGGAGAACUUUACAACGACCGCAAGUAUCGCCGUAGCUAUGACUCUGAGUUAACUGCUCCUCUGGUGAUGUACCAUGUGUGGCCUUCCCUGUUGGAAGGAGAUGCUGUGGUAGUGAAGGGCGAGGCUGUGACAAGAAGGGGUUCUGUGUGGAGUAGAAGCAGGAGCACCAGCCCCGUGCGCUCUCGCUCACUCAGCCCAACUCGCAGUCUUGCAUUUCUUAAAAAAAGAAGCCUGUCUCCUGGACGUCUCAGAGCGAGUCACCUGUGA